CCUAUAUAUAAUGGAGCUGCCUGCACAUGGUUUCCUCUCUCUGAAUUCAUUUUCGCCCCUAAAAACCCUACACAGUCACACACAUUCUGUGUUUCUCUCUCUACACACACAUAUACACAAAAUCACGCACGCUUAUCGGAACUGAUUGUUCUCCCUCUCUCUCUUCGAAAACUCGAAAAAGUUCAAAGUUCCCUACGGUUCUCUUUGCAGCGAGGAUUUGCUAGCUUCACUUUCCGCUCCUUAGGCUAGAGCACUGAGUUCCGAGUCGACUCAGCUAGACUCAGUUCCGCUCACAAAAGCCAACUCACUAGAAAUUUAAUAUUUGGCUGCUGGUUAAAAAUAUGAAGAUCGAUUCACUGCUAUUAUCAUCUAUCAGGCGGCGAGUAGUGGUUGCAUUUACGGCUGGGCUCUCGGUUAUUUUCUUGCUUCUAAUCAUUGGGAUCUAUACAGGCCCAGAUAUCUCCCAGAAGGAGAGCUCAAGCGCUUCCCAGAACAGAAACCUCUCCAUUACUCUCCGCAAGCUGCUUGACAACGCAGCAGAAAGAGAACUGCAAGGUCCAAAUGAGACCUCUGAGAAUAUCGGUGUAGAGCCAAACCGAAUAUGGAGCGACAGGUGUUCGAAAUCUGACAUCAUCAUAAGCCAGGGCCCCACAGAGCCUCUCCCGAACGGGAUUCCGACUUACACAGUCGAGAUAAUGAACGUCUGUGUUUCGGGCUGUGAUAUCUCGGCUAUACACCUCAGGUGCGGCUGGUUCAGUUCGGCCCGGCUCGUGAACCCGAGUGUCUUCAAGCGGCUCGACUUUGACAACUGUCUUGUUAACAACGGCAAGCCGCUGACUAACGGCCGCACCAUAUCUUUUCAGUAUGCCAACACUUUUCCGUACUCGAUGUCCGUUUCCUCCGUUAGAUGCUGAUGUGUGUUUCCGUGUUUUAACGUGCUAAUUUGGUAUUUCGUAUAAAUAUAUAUAAUUAAAUAGAGAUUUGGGGAGUGGUGAGGAGAAAAGGAGAAAGUUGGGUGGAUUUUUUGGGGAAAUUGUAAAUGGAGUUAGUUUUUGACUAGUUUUUGGGGCCUUAGUUGAAUGAGUGGAAUCAAAGGGCAUCUGCGAGGAGGUUUAUGUGAAUACCUGAUGGUGAUUGGAUGAACCAGAAAUAUACUUAACUCAAGUCGUCGACUUAAUUUGUGUUUUUUUUCAA